CUGCAUUAUGGGAUAAUAAUUAACAGGAGAGCUUGCAUCCAGAUGGCUGCCAGUGCUUGGGCUGCUGGUGUCAUUUAUUCAGCACUGCACACUGGGAACACCUUUAGUCUCCCCUUCUGCCACUCAAAUAUCAUCAACCAGUUCUUCUGUGAAGUGCCCCAGCUGCUCAAGCUCUCCUGCUCUGCCACAUACCACAGAGAGCUGGCAGCCCUUGCCUUCAGUGUGUUUUUAUUUCUAGGCUGUUUUGUUUUCAUCGUUGUGUCAUAUGUUCAGAUCUUCACCGCAGUGUGGAUUAUCCCCUCCGAGCAGGGCCGGCAGAAAGCCUUCUCUACCUGCGUUCCUCACCUUAUCGUGGUCUCCCUGCUUCUUUCCACUGGCAGCAUUGCCUACCUGAAGCCCAUCCAUGACUCCCCAUCCCCUCUGGAUCUCCUGGCAACUGUUCUGUAUUGUGUGGUUCCUCCA